CAAAGGAAGGAAAAGUGGGGGAGAGGAGGCAGAGAAAGAGAGACAGGGAUUAGGGAGGGAGGGAGGAUGGCGAGGGAGAGGUGGCAACUGGAAAAAGGCUAAAGGGAAAGAAAAAGAGCAGCAUUCCUCUUUCUCUCGCGUUCUCCCUCCCUCCCUCCUCCCUCUCUCGUCCUUAAUGCAUAGCGGGGAGGGGGGAGGGUCUCUAUCCUCCCUCCCCCUCCCAUUUGCACUCCAAUCCUCUCCAAAGCCGGGUGCAUUAAACCGCGAGGAUUUUCCGAGCGGAUUUCCUUGCCCGUCGCUUCGCUGCCAUCUCUAAUUCCCUCGGGCGCUCGCCUCCUCUCCCGGAGCAGGCGGAGAUGCCGGGCGGAGAGACCCCCGAGUCCCAGGGAUCCUUAGGGGAGCCUUCGGCAGCGGCAGCACGAAUCCCCGGAGUCAGGCUGUAGCCAUCCCAAGAUCACAAAAAGACAGCAAGCCAUCAUGGAGCCUACUAACGUCCCUCUGUUUUGGUUCUGGUCAUUGUGGGCCUUAGGAUCCGGCCCAGGAGGGGUACAUAGCCAAGCAGCCACCCAGCCACAUUCAAUCAAGAUAGAAGGAGACAUCACUCUCGGAGGUCUGUUUCCUGUGCAUUCCCGUGGCCCAGCUGGAGUACCUUGUGGGGAGGUGAAGAAGGAAAAGGGGAUCCAUCGGAUGGAGGCCAUGCUUUACGCUCUGGAUCAGAUCAACAGUGACCCUGAUCUGCUUCCCAACAUAACUUUGGGGGCCCGUAUCCUGGAUACCUGCUCUCGUGACACCUAUGCCUUGGAACAAUCAUUGACUUUUGUCCAGGCACUGAUUCAGAAGGACAUUUACGAUGUGCGCUGCUCCAAUGGGGAGCCACCUAUCAUUGCCAAACCAGAGCGGGUGGUGGCUGUCAUUGGGGCCUCUGCCAGCUCUGUCUCUAUUAUGGUGGCCAACGUCCUUCGCCUCUUUGCUAUUCCCCAGAUAAGCUACGCGUCCACAGCACCGGAGCUCAGUGACAAUAACCGCUACGAUUAUUUCUCCCGUGUGGUGCCUCCUGACUCUUAUCAAGCUCAAGCUAUGGUAGACAUUGUUAAAGCACUAGGCUGGAAUUAUGUCUCCACCUUGGCCUCUGAGGGCAACUAUGGCGAGAGUGGGGUCGAUGCCUUUGUGCAGAUCUCCCGGGAAGCCGGUGGAGUGUGCAUUGCCCAGUCCAUAAAGAUCCCACGAGAACCCAAGCCAGGAGAGUUUAACAAAAUGAUCAAGAGACUGAUGGAGACCCCCAAUGCCCGCGGCAUCAUCAUUUUUGCCAAUGAAGACGACAUCAAACGAGUGCUGGAAGCCUCCCGCUUUGCCAAUCUGACAGGGCAGUUCCUCUGGGUAGGCUCCGACAGCUGGGGCUCCAAGAUCUCCCCCAUUCUGAUGCAAGAGGAAGUGGCUGAAGGAGCAGUGACCAUCUUACCUAAAAGAGCCUCGAUUGAAGGUUUUGACCAAUACUUCACUACCCGUUCCUUGGAGAACAAUCGGCGCAAUAUCUGGUUUGCUGAAUUCUGGGAGGAAGACUUCAGAUGUAAACUAACCCGCCCAGGGUUCCAAUAUGAUGAAGGGAACCGCAAAUGUACUGGAGAUGAACGAAUUGGGCGAGAAUCUACUUACGAGCAGGAGGGGAAGGUGCAGUUUGUGAUUGACGCUGUCUAUGCCAUGGCCCAUGCAUUGCACAACAUGCAUAUGGAGCUCUGUUCAGGCCAAAUCGGGGUGUGUGACAAGAUGGAUCCCAUUGACGGGCGAACCCUGCUGCACUACAUUCUGGGGGUCAACUUCAAUGGCAGUGCUGGGACACCAGUAAUGUUCAACGAAAAUGGAGAUGCUCCUGGGCGCUAUGAUAUUUUCCAGUAUCAGCUGACAAAUACUACGGUCCCAGGAUACAAGGCCAUUGGCCAGUGGGCAGAAUACCUUCGACUGAAUAUCGAGGACAUGCAGUGGUCAGGUGGACAGAAGGAGAUCCCCACAUCAGUAUGCAGCCUCCCCUGCAACCCAGGAGAGAGGAAGAAGAUGGUGAAAGGUGUUCCUUGCUGCUGGCACUGUGAGCUAUGUGAUGGCUACCAGUACCAACUGGAUGAGUUCAACUGUGAAAUGUGUCCCUUUGACAUGCGGCCCAAUCUCAAUCGUACAGCCUGCCGCCCAACACCCAUUGUCAAGCUGGAGUGGAGCUCCCCUUGGGCCAUUCUGCCCAUCUUCUUGGCCAUUCUGGGCAUCCUUGGCACUGUCUUCAUCGUUAUCACCUUCAUCCGUUUCAACGACACCCCCAUUGUCCGAGCCUCAGGUCGCGAGUUGAGCUAUGUCCUGCUCACUGGGAUUUUCCUCAUCUAUAUCAUCACUUUUCUGAUGAUUGCUGAACCAGGUGUUACCAUCUGUGCCUUCCGGCGCCUCUUCCUUGGCUUGGGCAUGGCCAUCAGCUAUUCAGCAUUGCUGACCAAAACCAACCGCAUCUAUCGCAUCUUUGAGCAAGGCAAGAAGUCAGUGACUCCACCCAAAUUCAUCAGCCCCACCUCCCAACUGGUAAUCACCUUCAGCCUCACAUCCGUGCAAGUUGUGGCUGUGGUCAUCUGGCUGGGGGUGCAGCCACCCCAUAGCAUCAUUGACUAUGAAGAGCAACAUACACCCAACCCAGAAUUCGCCCGGGGUGUCCUCAAAUGUGACAUGUCAGACCUUUCUAUCAUCUCCUGCCUCAGCUACAGUAUUGUUUUGAUGGUUACCUGCACUGUCUAUGCCAUCAAGGCCCGCGGCGUGCCCGAGACCUUCAACGAGGCUAAACCCAUUGGCUUCACCAUGUACACAACCUGCAUCGUCUGGCUGGCCUUUGUGCCCAUCUUCUUUGGCACAGCUCAGUCAGCGGAGAAGAUGUACAUUCAGACAACAACUCUCACCAUCUCCAUGAGCCUGAGCGCCUUUGUUUCUCUUGGGAUGCUCUAUGUACCCAAAGUCUACAUCAUCGUCUUCCACCCAGAACAGAACGUGCAGAAACGCAAGCGCAGCUUCAAGGCAGCGGCCACAGCUGUCAAUGCCUCCACGAGGCUCUCACAGAAAGGCGCUCAGAAUGGUGAAAGCAAAGAUGAGAAACAGGACAGUAAGUAACCCAAAAGUUUCCCUAAGGUGAUGUACAUCAGCUACACAGAACUGACCAUGGUGCCCACAUGACCGAAAAGGAAAAAGGGCUUAACUUGGUGGUGGGUGGGAAAGUGAGGAGGGUGGGAAGGAGCAGGUGAGCUGGAUGGGGAAAGCUUUUGGGGAAUAGAGUUCAUGUGAGGGGUUCAUGAGCGGGCACAUGUUAGGAAAUAAACCUGUAUUUUUACACUACUUGUCUUUUAUGUUGUUAGUUGCGAAGUCGUGUCUGACCCAUCACGACCCCAUGGACAAGGUUUCUCCAGGCCUUCCUGUCCUCUACCAUCCCCCGGAGUCCAUUUAAGCUCACGCCUACAGCUUCAAGUGACUCCAUCCAGCCACCUCAUUCUCUGUCGUCCCCUUCUUCUU